UAACAUAAAAGUAGAAAAGUUGUUCGUUGACACAUCUCACACAAAUAUCCGUAUUGAUAUUUGCGCCAAAUAAAUAUCACCUAAAAAUAUUUUGUCGAACAAGAAUUAUCUAUAACUGCACAAAAAGCCCUAGCGAAGAGACGUGCCUUAAAUAUCGCAUAAAUUUAUUUAGUCUUCCGCACCUCGCCAUCAUCGAAGUUCUUGAAACCGGUGGUGUGAACGCUGAACAAAAAGAAGCACAGACACACCAAAGCUAAACUGUUUUUUUUGUGCUCCUCCGAGGAAAACCAAACGAAAGAAAGAAGAAAAAGUGCCGCGCCAAGCUAAAGAGCUAAGAGAAAGAGUGAAAACUAAGAAAAGACCAAGAAGCAGAGAAAGAAAGAAACAUGGCCAGUGCAGAGCAAAAACAGGCCACGGGCAGCAACGGCACAGCCAAGAGCAGCAACAACAAAAUCAACAGUGUUCCCUCAGAACAGGAACAGCAGCCCAAGGAUGCCAAGGAUCUAUUGCCUCAUCUGGAGUCGCUGGAGCGCAUCAUCAAGCUGCCUGUGGUGAAUGCAGCCUGGGACAAAUCGCAGGAUGUCUACGGCAAAGUUAAAGGCAAGAAUCGCGUCUUCGAAUGGGCGCUGACGGCAGCCGAGGAUUGCGUGACCCGGGCCGUGACAACGGCGGCGCCGUUUGUGACCAAAUUGGAUCGCCCGAUCUCGUUCGUGGACCAGACCCUCGUCAAGGGCAUCGAUAAGCUGGAGGUGAAGGCACCGAUAAUCAAGGACACGCCCCAAGAGAUCUACAACCAGGCCAAGAGCAAGGUGAUCGAUGUGGUGCAGCCGCACCUGGAGCGUGUGGUCAAGUUCAAGGCAGCCGGCCAACAGAAGGCCGCCUCCCUCAAGGACCUCGCCUGGCAGAAGGCUAACGAGGUGCUGGCCACCCAAUACGGCAGUCUGGCCGUCAACGGCGUGGACACCACCACAGCCCUUGCCGAGCGACUCCUUGAGUACUAUUUCCCCAAGAGCGAGUCGGAUGUGGAGGAGGAUAACGAUGAUAAACAAAAAGCCGUCGCGCAAAAUGGCAAGAGUUCCGAAAAUGACAUGCCAGUUUCCGCCAGCGAGGAUCCAGUCUUACACACAGUCCAGACCGUCGGGCGACUAUCCAACAAGAUCUCUCGUCGCGUCUAUCGAAAUGUCUCCCGACAGAUCAAGCAGGUCCAAAAGGGCAACAUCAACGACUAUCUGAGCUCGCUGAUAGCCGCACUCAAGCUGCAUCAGUACAUUAACUUUAUCAACUCGUCGAUGGGCACAAAUGUCGAGCAGUCGACACUAGGGGAAACCUGUUCGCCCUAUGGAACAAGCAGCACCACAACGGCCGCCACCACCAGCAGCUCGAACUCCAAAACCAAUGCGGCGGGGGCUGUCUCCAAGCCCAAAGUUGCCAAGAGCAAACCAGCGUCCUCGUCGAUUCAGUAAGGCAGCCGCCGCAGAUACUCCGGAAGACCGACCCUUGCUGGAGUCCAGUUAUUUGUAUAUCUAUAUAUGCUAGAUAUUGCAUAUAUUAACCACAGCCACGCCCCAACACCCUCACACACACCGCCCAUUUUUUGUAUUUUCUAUUCUUUUUUUUUUUGAUAAUUUUUUUUUUUUGUAAUUAAAAACUUUAAGAAAAAAGUGGAUAGUUGAUGAACAGAGAAGGAGAAGGUUUUUACUAACUAAUUUUAGACUGUUGCCCCCACAUCCACCAGCCCUAAAG